UGUGAAUGUCGCUUUUCAAAUGCUUUGUAGAAUGUUGUGACGUUCAAUUCCGGUGUGCAUUCGUAGUCGAAUGAUGCAAGUUCAGUCUCGCAAGACAUGUGGACUAUCUUCCAAUACAAAUUCGUGGCGAGAUGUUCAAAUGUCCUGUUUUUGAAGUGUGGAGGUGUGCCGUGUGGACUUAGUGGGAAUAUGAUAGCGAACGCUAUAGAUCAGCUUGUAUUGUGAAAAUGAGAGGACACAGCUGAGGUGCAAAAUUCAUGCAUCUACAAGCCGCGGCGACUAAAUAAUGCCAUUACGUUGUUGCUAAUAUGUCAGUUCGUAUUCAAUAUGAUUUCGGCUUGCCAGUGCACAAGUGUAGCAGAAUAAAACGAGCAGGUCAUGUGCUGAAAGAUUGAUCUCCCACUGGUUUCAAAAUGCCUUUCAGAAAUCGUGAAAUUUUUCAGCUUGGAUUGUUAUUUCUGUGUGUUCCUGUUCAGUACCUGUUUUCCUCAUAUUUAAGCAGUACAACAGGUAGAACACAAGCAUUAUUUGAUAUUAUCAAUGACUUUAAAGAAGUAACUGAUGUACUGUUCAGUGCAGGAGCUUGGAAACAACGAUGGGAUGGUCUUGUUUCAUCUCUUGUCCAAGUUUAUUUUCCGGAACUGAGCAGUUAUACAAGAAGCUAUGUCUACAAUGAACACAAUACAUCCCCUGCAGUUGAAGUUAUGCGGUAUGAUAGAAAUGCGGGUUACUUUGGGAUGGGCACGGAAAUAAGAUAUGAGCGCCCUUCACAUUUAAGAUACAGGAUUGGACAAGUUGUUCGUCAUCAAAAGAGAGGUUAUAGGGCUGUGAUUGUAGGAUGGGAUCUUAUUGCAAAGGCUCCACAAAGCUGGCUUAAGAAAAUAUAUGGCGAAAGCAUGGUUACUAGAGACUGGCCUCAUUAUGCACUUCUCAUUGACAACCGAGAUGUUACGCUAUUAUAUGAAGAGGAUUAUAUAAGAUUUUCCAAUGUACCUACCACAUAUGUUGUACAGGAAGACCUGGAAUUAUUGAAAAGUACUGAAAUACAGAAUGCAGAUGUUGACAGUAAAUUUGAGUAUUUUGAUGGAGCACAGUACAUACCAGGGCCAAACUUAAAAGCUAUCUAUCCAAAGGAUUAACAUGGAGGCGUUCAUUUCAGGCAGUGCUAAGUUAUUGCUUGUAGUUUUACAUUACAUGUUUGUAUUAAAAGGCUGUGUUUACAUAACACAUCAGUAUAAUUUUCUUAUUCCAUAGGAAUAAUAUAUUUUUUAUAAAAAUAGUGUUGUCUGUUGUUAAACACCUCAUAAUGUAAAAGGUGAUAGAAAUACAAUUUUCUAAAGGAA